AUACAGAGAUUUUGGCGCCCCACCGAAUCUGUAAUGAGAAGUCUUAUAAAAGUCACGAAUACUCAUCAUUGGUAUGUCAGACAACAUUACAAUUCUCAAAAAAAUGUUCUCUAAGAUUGUCAUCGUUUGUGCUUCAUUAGCAUUAGUUCAUGGAGGAAACUUGGGCUUAGGUCAUGGAAGCUAUCCUAUAUCGCCAUAUAACGGAGUGGCACCAAUAGGAUCGUUGGCAUAUGAAAAUGCCCAAGCUAAUGUGGGCUGGAAUCCUUCUGGUCUACACCAAGUCGCGCGUUUAGGAUAUGAGAGUGUAGCACAUGCUGGUUCAUUGGCUUAUCCCAGCCCCAUAGGCAGUAUUAGUCAAUUGGGUCAUGCUGCACUAUCAGCUCAUUCUGGCCUCUUAAACCAUGCCAGCCCCUUAGCACACGCUGGUCACUCGAACUACAAUAGUCCCUUAGCUUAUAGCGGUUCCGUAGGUCAUGUUCCUCAUGCUGGACCCCUAGCUCAUUCUGCCCCUUUAAAUCAUGGCCCUAUUGUUCAUGCCACUUCAACUAAUAAUAUUGUAUCAUUAUCUCACUCAUCUCCUUUGGGUUACGGCGGUUACGCAGGCCACUAUGGUCAUAGCAAUAACUACAACUCACACCCAAAAUACCAGUACUCCUAUUCUGUUGCGGAUCCCCAUACAGGAGACCACAAAUCUCAGCAUGAGGUUCGUGAUGGUGACGUAGUCAAGGGUGGAUACUCCCUCCUCCAACCUGACGGAUCCUUCAGGAAAGUUUCCUACUCUGCUGAUGACCAUAAUGGCUUCAACGCCGUAGUUCACAACUCCGGACCAAGCCAUCACGUUUACUCCGCUCAAUAUCAUCAUUAUUGAUUAAUAAAAUAUUUAUUAAUUCAUUAAUAUUACUCUUAUAACUUUCCAUUGACCGAAUACUUAUUUACAAAUAAAUCAGAAUUAUUUAUAAAUAUACUUUAUUUGUUUCAA